AUGAUACUCUUGCGACGUCUGUUGUAUAUUAUGGUUGUUGUGUUAAGCGUGGCAUGUGUGGUGGCAGGUGAGGCACAACAAACGGGUGAACUUGCUGAACUGGCUCGUGGGGAUUCGCAUCCUUCUUUAGGUGCUGGAGUUAUUCCUGGUGAUGAUGGUGCUGGUUGUAAAACUGAGUCUACUGGUUCAGAGUGUUCUCGUAUCGGUAGUAAAGGUGCAGUUCCUCGUGCUGAAUGUAUGGAAUCUCCUGACAAGGGAGGCUGCACUCGCACUUAUCUUAAAACCAAAGGCAAUUGCGGUGACGGUGGUAAACCUCCUUGUCCACCAGAGGCACCGCAGGAAGUGGGCUCUGGUGAAGAAGAAAAUGAUCGACACACUGAUAGCGAACAUUCAGCUCCCAUUGCUUCAGUUGUUCCUGCAGAUGCCGGGGAUUCUGUUUCUAACGGAGCACAUGAAGAUAAGCCUGAAGCAGGUCCCGAUGGUGCUCAAGGGGAACAAAGUCCUCAGAAUUCUCAACCUGGAAAAGAAACUGAUGCUCUUUCUUCUCCUGCUCCUGCACCUGCUGAUGAGAGUCCUGCUGUACCAGAAAGUGGACCAGGAAGGGAAAGCGGGGAUAAAAGUUCGACAGAUGAAAGUGCAGCUGAAGUGGAAGGUACCGAACCACAUCCUUCUUCAAACAAUUCAACCCAAGAGAAUACCGGUGAUAAUAAUGCAAACGCUGGGAAUGACACCAAACCUGCAGAAGGUGGGACACCAAGUAACCAAGAUGAUAAUGGAAAUACAGAUACCACUACUACCACCACAACAACAACACUUCCUCCUGAGCCUACAAACAACAAGAAGGGUGAUGCAGACAGCAGCAGUAGUAUCAGCAGUUCUGUGUGGGUGCGUGUACCACUACUGAUUGUGGUUACACUGGCCUGUAUUCUUGUGUGCUGA